AUGCAUGGGAGCGCGACCUUGAACAGAUUAAUAUUAGACACUUUACAGGCUCGAACUAAAACAGAACGCUAUAAUUACAAUCCAAUAUGGAAUGAAACAAUAGAAUUCUGUGAUUACUUUCCUUCGUUUACUAGAACAAUAAGAAUUAAUGUUAGAAAUGGUGGAUUGAAAGGCGAAUUGAUUGCUACGCGUUUAAUUGAUAUACGUGAUAUCAUGUGUCAUGUUGGCGGUCGCAAUUUUCCAUACUUUGGACCAUCAUGGAUCAAUCUUUACGGAACACCUCGCAUCUACUCCUAUGCUCAGAUGCUUCGUCCAGAGGCUGAAUUGAAUCAAGGCCUUGGAGAAGGUGUUGCCUAUCGUGGCCGAAUAUUGGUGACAAUUAAAUCAGCGGAAGAUGAGGACGUCAUUCGAAUCGGUACUAGUAAAUAUCCUGCUAGUCCUGUUUCAGAAACUGCUGCUGGAAAGAAAAGUUUAUAUUUCCUUUUCGCGUGCUUUUCUGAUGCAAGUGUAAUUGAAAAAAAACUUGGCCUGAAGAACAAAGCGAUUUCAUAUGAAAUGAGUUUCGGACUAUACGGUAAUAUGUUAGAUGGGAAACGAGGUGGAGUAGAACCACAAACAAUCGAAGUUAUACAACCCAAUGACAAUAGAGAACGCGUUGACUGGUGUCAUACAAUCACACCGCCACUCAUUCCAUUAACAGAUGACAAGGAAUAUUAUUAUUUAAAUUUUGGCAAAAAGAAACCGUGUUUAUAUUUGACAGCGUAUUUUGAAGAUCAUCGUACUAGAAUGUGUAUACCAAAUAUUUUAGAAAAGUUAUGUGAAGAAUUUUAUUAUCAAAUUCAACGCGUUAAACACCUGUACAUUAGACGUAAAAUAUCUGAUUCAAGAAAUUAUCUUCGGACAGUUUUCUUGAUUAUGGCGAAAAAAUUCAAUCAAGCUCAAGAAUCGAUUCGAUCGUGUCGUGAUACUGCUAGCACUACACUACUCGAUCGGGAAUACUCUCGACGAAUACGCCGGGAUCUACGUCGAAUGGCUAUGUACAUGAUUAAUCUGUCGAAACAAGUUCAUAAGCACACGUUGGGUGAAAAAAUCAAAGAUAUUAAUGGGUUGCACAGACGUCUGCGUAGUUUAAUUAAUUGUCCCCAAGAUGGUUUACCGGAUGUUUUCAUCUCAAUGGUAAUGGAAAAUCAACGAGUUGGUUUUGUCAGAAUUCCCGCACGCGAUAUUUAUUAUUCAGCUGUGGAAGGUGAACGAGGCAAAUGGAGUGGACAAAUGGCAACUUUAUAUUUACGUAAACAAGGACGUGAAGGUGUUGGGCCUAAAGGUUGGAGAAUUCAAAGUCAAAUACGUGUAUACUUAUGGCUUGGCUUGAUUAAAGAUUUCGUUGCUUACACAUGUGGUUUACCUGGUGGAUAUGACAAAAGUGUAUUCAACACACCGAAACCACCGAAUGAACUGGUUUAUCUAGAGAGUAGUUGCUUCCAGUUAAGAUGUUAUAUAUUUAUAGCACGUGACUUGAUAGCGUCUGAUUCCAGUGGUAUGUCAGAUCCAUUGGCUCGAAUACUGGUCGGACCGCAUGUAUUACAAACACAAGUUCUCUAUCAGACUAUGAGUCCUAUGUGGGAUGUUGUACUCUGUAAACAAGUAGUAUUCUAUCAGAAUGCUCAAUCUGUGAAAGAAAAUCUUCAAGAACUUAUUGUGGAAAUAUUUGAUCUUGAUCCUGGGAAUGACUUGGAAUUCCUGGGACGUUGUUUCUGUGAGAUAAAUGUAACUUUGGAUGGGGAGAAAUACAAACCACCACGUUUACAAUGGUGGCCAAUAUUUCGUGGACAGACACCUGGUGGGGAAUUAUUGGCUGCUUUUGAUUUAAUUCAGGAAGAUUCACAUAUUCCGUUUGAGAACUUACCAACUUUCGACGAGUUAGCUGCCUACACUAAAGAAUUCGAUGAUCGUGUCAUCUUGAAAAGUAUUGAAGGCAUGUAUCUAGACGAUGAAGAUGAUUUGAACAAGGAUUCAGAUACUGAAGAUGAUGAAAUGAUGAGCAAUGUAAUGGAUGAUGAAUUCGACGAUAUCUUCGAUACAGAGUCAGUAAUGCUGUUAGGUGAUGGUAGUGAUGAUCAACUGAAAAAUGCUAAACGCAGACAAAUUAAAAUUGGUAUGGCACCACCGAAACUUGUUCUAGUCAGACGUAAAGGUGACUAUCGGAUACCGGAUAAUAUUCGACCACCGUUGCAACGUUUUAGGAUGGAAGUUUUAUUCUGGAGUGUAUGGGGUAUGGUACGUCAACACUUGUUACCGGUUAAACGACCACGUGUAGUCGUUGAAAUUGGUGGUCAUAAAUUAGAAUCGGAAGUGAUCAAUGAUUUGUCUAAACGACCCGUCUUUGAAACAAAGCUGAAGGCUAUGGAUGUUUACUUACCAGUUGAUGAACGUUACUGGCCACCUUUAGUUUUUUCAUGUUUUGAUAAUCGAAUAUUGGGGACAAAAAUAACAAUUGGAAGUCAUACAAUUUCAAAUGCACGUGACUACUUGGUGUUAGACGGUGAAAGUCAAUGGUCAGAUAACAAUAGUACAGUGUAUGUUGACAGUGAAUCUGAUGGUCCAGGAAGAUUGAAUUUUGGUUUUGGCAAAGGUGAAGAUCUAUCUCUUCAAGAGAUGAACAGUGAACUGAUACUAUCGAAGACAAGUGAUAAUGAUUUCGAAAGUAAACAAUCCUUUGAAACAAGUAGAUCUGCUGCUGAACUCUUAGCCGAUUUGAAUCCAAGUUUUCAACAGUACGGUUUAAAGUAUAAACUACCUGAUAAAGUUGAUGAAUUGGAUGUAAUGUCUUCAGAUGGCGGUGUACUCUCCGGUGUAAUAACAGAUAAGAAACCAGUUGAAGCUCUACCGGGUCAAGCUCAUCUUGUCACAACGCAUCCUGGGCCAACACCUGAACAGCUGGCCACAGCUGAUUGGUGGACUCGUUUUUAUGUAACAAUAAGAAGUGGAGAGAGUAAUUACGAUGAAUCUAGAUAUAAAAAUGAAGUUGACCCUCUGACGGAUUCAGAAGACAGUGAUAUUGAAGAGAAAUUAGAGAAAAUUGCAGUCCAGUCAGACAAUGACUCAGACGAAGAAACUACCCAAGGGAAUGGAGUACAGCCAACUUACUUAGACUAUAAGCAGAAAAGAAAAUGUUGGCGAAGAAAUAAUAAGAAAACAAAGAAAAAGUUGACAGCCUUAGAAAAACGUCAAAUGGAACUCGCCAAGCGUAGAGCAAAAGUUAAAAAGAAGAAGAACAAGAAGAGUGUGAAAACAAAAGUCAAAGAAAGAUUUAUUAAUUCCAAGGGACUGUUUCAAAAGGAAUUUAUAGACUUAAACUAUGACAUUGAGACUCAGGAGGAUCAAAGUUGGGUGGAAACAAUAUUGAUAUAUCCAGUUGCACUUGAAGAAGUCCCAGAUUUUAACCGGUUUGAGCAACCUUUCCAAAAUCUUCCAUUUUAUAAAGGGAAACAACGUGAUGACGACGUAUCCGAUAGCCGUAUAACAGGAUUUUUCAAGGGUAAUUUAAUCAUUUAUCCGGUGAAUGAUGAUGAGCCUUUACCAACUGAAAUGUCACAAUUACGGUUAUACAAGACGCUGCCAAGCAAAAUAAAAGUCAAGUUAACUGUACGCUUAUACGUUAUAAGAGCGAUUGAAUUGCAUCCAAGUGAUACAAACGGUAAAUCUGAUCCGUAUUUAAUUGUUUCAUUGGGUAAAAAUGUUAUCAAUGAUCGAGAUGAUUAUAAACCGAAAACCCUGAAUCCUAUAUUCGGAAAAUAUUAUGAGUUUAUUGCCCACUUACCAAUGGAUUCUCUGCUCAGUAUACAGGUAAUGGACCAUGAAAGAAUAGGAGCAGAUACGCUUAUUGGUGAAACUCACAUUGAUAUAGAAAAUCGUUUCCAUAGUGCUCAUCGUGCCACAUGUGGUCUUAUGCCUAAAUAUUAUGCUCAUGGUUAUUGUCAAUGGAAAGAUAGUCAACAGCCAACAGAGAUACUGGCAAAACUCUGCGAGAAGUAUGGGAUUGAACAACCGGUUUAUAAUAUACUAGAAAAUAAAGUUACAAUUGGUAAUGAAUCAUUUUAUGGUAAUACAGAAAUUCGUAGUGAAACAGGCAUUACAAUUAAAUCCGUUGAACCGUUAGCACUGGAAGCACUGCAUAAUUGGUCAUCUAUUAUCAAUAAGGAUAUAAAACUAGUCACUGAACAUGUAGAGACACGUUCUCUGAAACAUCCAGAUAAUCCUGGCCUAAUCCAAGGUCGUUUACAAAUGUGGAUUGAUUUAUUUGAAAGAGAAGUUGCUGUCCCUCCACCAGCUAUUGAUAUAUCCCCACGUGUACCAGCAGCAUAUGAACUACGUGUUAUAAUAUGGAAUACAGCUGAAGUGAAACUCACUGAUACAUCAUUAUUCUCAUCAGAGAGAAGUUCUGAUAUUUAUGUUAAAGGAUGGAUAAAAGGUGUUGGUAUUGAUGAUCAAAAAACCGAUGUUCAUUAUAGAUCGUUAUCCGGUGAAGGAAAUUUCAACUGGCGUUUUAUAUUUCCAUUUGAUUAUAUUAAAGCAGAAGAUCGGAUAAUUUAUCCUAUUAAAGGAACAUUUGACAUAGAACCGCAUAUGAUGAAAGCUAACUGUGAAUUGACAUUACAAGUAUGGGAUGCUGAUAUUAUUACCAGAGAUAAUUUUAUUGGAUCGAUCACAAUGCGUCUGUCAUCUUUACCCCGAUGUGCUAAAACAGCUAAGAGUUGUGGACUGCAUCAGUUAGAAAGCGAUUGUCCUAAAUUUUCAAUGUUUAAAAAUCGAAGUGCCCGUGGCUGGUGGCCUGUGACUGAUGAAGAGGAUGAAGAAAUUGUUGUUCAGGGUAAAGUUGAAUGUCAACUGGAAAUGUUGAACAGCGCUGAAGCUGAAAGCAAUCCUGCUGGUCUAGGUCGUGAUGAACCGAAUGGACUUCCGAAACCAGAUCGACCGGAUAGUACAUUCAUGAAAUUCCUUGGACCAUUGAAUACCCUGCGUUAUCUAGUUAAAUAUCGAUUAAAAUGGGUACUGAUAAAAAUUUUCAUAAUAUUCCUCAUCUGUCUCAUUAUCUUCUUAUUCCUCUACAGUUUCCCAGGUGCUGUUGUCAACAGAAUAGUAAAUGCCUAAGAUUUUAUAUAUUUUUCACAAAAAACACGAAACAAACAACAUCAUCCGCUUGUAUUAUUCCUCCUCCCCUUCUGUUAUUCUCUCUAGGCCUUAUUCACAUGAAUAUGCAUUGAAUUAGUAUUAAUUUUCAUAUCUUAUAUUUUUAUAAUGCACAUUAUCGAUUUCUAUCGGAAAAAAAAAUUCAAAUUGGUUCAUAUUCUCUACAUUUCAAUGUACGUGAUCAUUUAUAUAUAUAUCGAUUUUUAUGCAAACCACAUGACAGCUUACAAAUGUUCAUUUUCGGUGUGGAAUCUUGUUAUAUAUUUAUAUUUUUGUCGAAUGCAGAUAUUCCCCUUUGGAAACUCAUGUGAUAUUUAUCAAUAAUUUGUC